AUGGUGCGAACUAGAGCAAAUGCUAACGCCGAAACUCAAGAAGGCCAAGGUGGCCGAGGUGGCGGCCGUGGUGGUCAUGGUGGUAGAGGUGGUCGUGGAGGUUGUGGUGGCCGAGGUGGUCGUGGAGAACAUGUGGAGGUUCAAGAGCCGAAUGGAACCCUAGCUGAGCAGCUUACGACACUAUUGCCGACUCUUGCUUCUCAAGUGGCAGUCGUACUGGGAGUUAACAUUGGAAAUGGAGAACAACGAGCCAGAAAUGAAGCUGAAGUGGAAAGACAAGAAGCGGUGGUUCAAGAAGCAGAGCAAGUCAGAGAUGAGGUCGUUAUUGUUGCUAAGCGCGAAGCGAUUGUUAGGGAGAAUGGCAAUACGAGAUAUCGCCAAGGAUGUACCUACAAAGAUUUCCUCAACUGCAAAGCUAUUGAUUUUGAUGGGAAGGGUGGAGCAACUGCUUAUCUCCAGUGGAUAGAGAAGAUGGAGGCUAACAAUGAGAUCUGCGUCAGAGGAGGAAGAAAUGAAGCCUUGGCUAUGCCUUGGAAGAAGUUUAAGGAUCUGAUGCAGGCAGAGUUUUUCCCUGUCCACGAGUUACAGAAAUUGCAGACUGAGUUCCUUCAGCUUACGAUGGUUGGAGCAGACCAUGCUGGUUACACUAGUAGAUUCUAUGAAUUAUCUAGAUUGAUUCCCCACCUGGUAGAUCCUGAGCCAAAAUGGAUUGAGAAGUAUAUUGCUGGGUUAGAACCACCUGUUCGUGUGCAAGUGGUGACUGCAGAACCUACCACCAUUCGAGAUGUUGUGAGCAAGGCAAGAAGUCUGACUGAAGAACUAAUAAGAAGUGAUAUUCUAUGUAGGAAAGGAAGCAAGAGAAGGGAGUUGGUGGAGACGAGUAAGAGGAGGGAAUUUAGAGGAGACAAAAGACCAAGAAUGGGAAUAGUGUAUGUAGCGAAUGAGAUAGGCCAGAAGGGUUAUUUUGGCCACCUUUCAAGAGAUUGUAGAGCACCACAAGUUCAAGCAGCACCAUUGAAUAUUGUACCAUUGAAUGUCAUCCCACCUAAUGCCAGAAACCUUCAAGGCAACCGAGGGGCUUGUUAUGAGUGUGGGAGCACUGAUCACUACCGUAACCUAUGUCCUCGACAUAACCGUCAGCCAGCCCCAAUAGCAGUGAACCCUAACCAGCUUCAGAUUGUCGGUCCACCUCCACUAAGAGCAAACCAAGGACAACAAGCCAGAGGUCGGGUCUUUGCCUUAAAUGCUAUGGAAGCCGCUAAUGAUCCUAACGUUGUUACUGAGGUACCUAGUGGCCAGCUGGCUAGAUUAGAUCGUGUAUUGCCUAAAUGUAUUCUUACUCUUGAGGGCUAUUCGUUUUACAUUGACUUGAUUCCGUUUGGAAUGCGUAGCUUUGACGUCAUCGUUGGGAUGGAUUGGUUGUCCCGUGUUGAUGCAUAUAUUGUUUGUCGCGCAAAAAAUCUUAGAAUACCUAUGAGUGAUGGGCAUGUACUAGAGAUUCAUGGUGAGCGAACCGAAACCAUCGACCGACAUCUUAUGAGUGCUACCGAAAAAGUAGUCAAGCUAGCUGAUAUUCCUAUCGGGUGUGAUUUCUCCGAUGUUUUUCCCGAUGAUGUGGUGGGAUUACCCCCACCUAGACAAGUCGAGUUUAGCAUUGAUGUUGUAUCUAACGCUAUGCCAGUAGCUAAGUCACCGUACCGUUUGGCUCUUUCCGAAAUGCAAGAACUAGCGACACAAUUGAAAGAAUUACAAGAUAAAGGAUUCAUCCGACCGAGUUCUUCGCCUUGGGGCGCACCUAUAUUAUUUGUUAAAAAGAAGGACAGGUCCUUUCGCAUGUGCAUUGGUUAUCGCGAGUUGAACAAGCUAACGAUCAAGAAUCGAUAUCCAUUACCGCGCAUUGACGAGCUAUUCGAUCAGUUGCAAGGCGCUAAGUACUUCUCGAAGAUUGAUCUUCGUUCGGGUUACCAUCAGCUGAGAGUACGUGAAGAGGACAUUCCAAAGACAGCUUUUAGAAUGAGAUAUGGGCACUUUGAGUUUUUAGUGAUGCCCUUUGGAUUGACGAACGCGCCUGCUGUUUUCAUGGAUCUCAUGAACCGUGUAUGUAAGCCUUAUUUAGAUCAAUUUAUUAUUGUAUUCAUCGAUGACAUCCUCAUCUACUCAAAGACCAAGAAGGAGCACGAAGUACAUUUGAGGCAAGCGUUAGAGCUUCUGAGAACUGAAAAGUUGUAUGGAAAGUUUUCAAAAUGUGAAUUUUGGUUGGAAGAGGUGAAGUUUUUGGGUCCUGUAGUUAAUAAGGAUGGAAUAAAGGUUGAUCCCAGCAAGAUAGAAGCAGUGGAACAUUGGAGAAGGCCAGAGACACCAACAGAGAUCAGACAGUUCCUUGGAUUAGUUGGCUACUACCGACGAUUCAUCGAAAACUUCUCAAAGAUCGCACAACCCUAA